GACAUUGAAUGCCGCCACAUCAAAGAAUAUAGGACAGCUCCGCACGAAUGUUGAGAUAGUGGGAGACGAGAACUCCGUCAAUUCCUUCCAUAAACACAAUACCGUCGGCUAUUAUAAUUCAGAAGCAUACAUGAUAUAGCUUUAUUGCUGCGAAGUGAAAGAUGAUAUCCCCGUGGGACCGAUGGUAUUCGACGAGCUGCUGCCUUUGCUGUCAUGUUCGGACGGGCACCAUUAUUCUGGGGAUUUGGUAUAUGCUCAUCAAUGCCGUGGUGCUUCUCAUUCUACUCACGGCCCUCAGCGAUCCCGACCAGUACCACCUGACCAGUGCUGAGCUAGCCCAUGACCUCGACGUGAUGGACGAUGCCAAUAUGUGCAUUGCCACAGCAAUCUCCCUUCUCAUGAUACUAAUAUGUGGGAUGGCUACAUAUGGUGCUUAUAAGCAACAUGCUGCUUGGAUCAUCCCCUUCUUCUGCUACCAAAUCUUUGACUUCGCACUUAACACCCUCGUUGCAGUUAGUGUUGUGGUCUACCCCAACACCAUUCAGGAUUACCUCCAGCAGCUGCCUGGCAACUUCCCCUACAAGGAAGAGAUCAUGUCCACGAACAAUGCGUGCCUUGUCUUCAUCGUGCUCCUUUUCGUCGGCUGCAUCUUGGCCUUCAAGGCUUACCUGAUUGGCUGUGUGUGGAACUGCUACAGAUAUGUGAGUGGAAGAGGCACCACAGAGGUCCUGGUGUAUGUCACUACCAACGACACCACAGUGCUGUUGCCCCCAUACGAUGACACAAUGGCUGUCCCAGCAAAGCAUGCCCCGCCCCCCUAUACCUCAGCGUAAAUGGAGGCUCUUUCCCCUUUGUCUACAGGACUUCACCAUCACUGCAUCUCGAUUCUCUCCACCCUCAAACAGCACUGUCCCUUUGCUUCCUGUUACUCUCUGGAAGGUUCAGUGCAGUUCAUAAUUGCCCUGUGCCUCCCCAGAAAUGUGAAGCUGUUGUAGUUACAUGCUACCUUUGUCUCCUGGUGGCUUUAAACUUCCACUAAUACAGCAUCUCCCAACACACUCUCUUAAACCUCUUCCCCAUUCCAGAGUUUAUCCAGACCCCCUAAAUUCAAUUUCAGCAAGUAAGAAAUUCAUGACAACAUUUUUAUGAUUUCCCCUGUACCCACUGAAUGUAAUAACUGGUGUAUUUUGUAUUACUUUUGCAGAUUCUGUGUGAAUGAACAUAAAUCAAAAACCUCCAAGAUAUAACAAAAAACCUUAUUGUUAGUACUGUAGAUGCAUAGGUCCUUAAAACAAAUGAUCCCCAGUGCUCCUUGAGGUUUUAUACAAACACACAAACACACACACUCUCUCACACAAACACACGUGUGUGCACACACACACACACACACACACACACAGAGCUGUCUCCUAUCUGAUCUAAUGGUACUUUUUAAUCCUAGUCGAGAUCAGUCUGAUUGCCUUUACAUACGACAUUCCUUUCUGAUUGGGUCCACUUUAAAGAUGAGGUAUGAAGUGUUUCCAAGGAUGGAAGGGUUCCAAAGAUCUGCACCUGCCUGUAAUCUGACUUGAUCUGUUAACAGUGGCAGAUGUAUAUCACAUACUUACCCAUGGAUAUAUAAUGAUGUAAUAUUAUAUGUGUGUGAAACUUGUGUCAUGACUGCAAAACCAUUUGUGAGUUGACAGUUUGUAUUGCUUUUUCUUCUUCUCUACAACGGAGUCUCCUCGCUUGUAAAUGUGAUCUUGCCUGUGCAUCCAGUAAUGAAGACAAAGUCAAAAGUCGAAGGAUGCUAUUUAGGUUAAGCCAGCGUCCCUCUAUGUAAACAGAGUAGUCCAUUCUGCCAGAUGCAACUUUUGGCACCGUUUUCAUGAAAAGGGAUGUCCUUGGAAGAUAUUAAACCAGAUCCGUGUGCUUGUGCUGCUAUUGUGCACAGCUGAAACACACACUGAAUAUUCAAUGAAAGAGAAUACUUGCGAAGUACCUCAGUUGGUUCUUGUGGGAGGACAGAAUAUUGUACUUGACGUACUUUAUCGCGCAGUGUGUUCCGACGUGUAUUCUGUGUACGUAAGUAUUUGAGAUCAUAUUUUAAGGUUAUAAAAUGCAUGGUUAGUCAGGCUGACAUUUACUGCUAGUCACAUAAGAUUUGGUGUUCUGGUCACCACAAUUUUUGAGUAGCAUGCACUGUGACUCCUAAGGACGGUGAAGGGUGUUUAAGCAAAACGUGGCAUCUGUGCUAUUAUUGCUCAGCUUCAUGCAGCUGCAGUUCUGCAUUAACGCUAGAUGUCUCUAUUUGCUGUUAUGGGCAUUACUGCAUGGAAGGACCCAUGCAAUGGUCUUGUUUUUGUAUCCUCAAAAAGAAUAGCAGCUUUGACCUUUUGAAGGAGUAUUUUUAAUAAUUGAAAUCUGGGACAAAGUAUUUGAAUACUAUCCCAUCUCCUUGUACGUAUCAUGUUAAAUGACUACAACAGCAAUGUCCAUUUACUUUAUUUUUAUGCUGUUAUGAUUUUAUUUGAAUAUUCUGGCCCACUGACCAAUGUACUGAGACUCUACUACAUAUAGUAAGUUCAUUGAAAUCACAUGACGUUGUUGGUGAUAACUGGAGCAUAUUAUUCCCAGGAACAUUAAGACUACAAUGUUAAAAUGUGAAACAUGUUUUAAAGAGGGCUUUUGUUUCGUAAAAAAGGGGUUUUCAA